CUCCUGAGCUCUCAGUUCUGAUAUAAGCUUGGAAGAAGAGUAAAUGAGACAGAGUAACAAUGUUACAGAAUUUGUCCUCCUGGGGCUCACUCAGGAUCCUGAUGUGCAAAAAGCAUUAUUUGCCAUGCUUUUACUCAUAUACAUUGUGUCAAUGGUGGGAAAUCUCCUCAUUGUGGUGACUACUCUAGGCAGCCCCUCCUUGGGCUCCCCAAUGUACUUCUUCCUUGCCUACUUGUCACUUCUGGAUGCCAUAUAUUCCACUGCCAUGUCACCCAAAUUGAUGAUGGACUUACUCUGUGAUAAAAACAGCAUUUCCUUCUCAGCUUGCAUGGGUCAGCUCUUCAUAGAACACUUACUUGGUGGUGCAGAGGUCUUCCUUCUGGUACUGAUGGCCUUUGAUCGCUAUGUGGCCAUCACUAAGCCACUGCAGUAUUUGAAUAUCAUGAAUCGACAGGUUUGCAUCUUUCUCUUGGUGGUGGCCGUGGUUGGAGGUUUUGUGCACUCUGUGGUUCAAAUUGUUAUUGUGUACAGUCUACCAUUCUGUGGCCCCAAUGUCAUUGACCAUUUCAUCUGUGACAUGUACCCAUUAUUGGAACUGGCGUGCACCGACACCUACUUUAUAGGCCUCACUGUGGUUGCCAAUGGUGGAACAAUCUGUAUGGUCGUCUUUACCUUUCUGCUAAUCUCCUACGGAGUCAUCCUAAACUCCCUUAAAACUUACAGUCAGGAAGGGAGGCGUAAAGCCCUGUCUACCUGCAGCUCCCACAUCACCGUGGUGGUCUUGUUUUUUGUUCCCUGUAUUUUCAUGUACGUUAGACCAGUUUCCAACUUUCCCUUUGAUAAAUUCGUGACUGUGUUUUAUACAAUUAUCACACCCAUGUUGAAUCCUUUAAUGUACACAUUGAGAAAUUCAGAGAUGAAAAAUGCUAUGAAAAAACUCUUGUGUAAAAAGUUAAAUAUAGUUAGAAUGAGUUUCUCCCACACUGAACAUGUUUGUUACUAGUUCUAAGGCAACAAAUAGCCAGUAAAUUCUAUCUGGAUAAUGUAAUCAUUCAACAGAUUCUGUGGGGGUGCUUCUCUCUAUCUACAUAAAGCCGUCAAAAAAAAUAGAAUAAAUUAUCCACUGAGACUAGAAUCAAUCUAAUAGAGAAAUUCUGGAGAAUGAAUAAAAGUCACAGAUAGUGGCCUUGGUACGAGUAAAAAUAAAACCAAGCUCACCUUGUAACUUUAUUUUUCUCAGUUGAUAUUGAAAUAGGACUUAAAAAAUGGUCUAUUCUUUUCAAAAGAGCAAACACAAGCCACUUCCUUCUGUAGAUGUACUUUUACCCAAAUUCAUGAGAAAACAAUUUAGCUAAUACUUAGAACAAAUUUCUGGACCAAGAGAGUAGUUUUUAAAUCUUAUUGUUUAUUAUUCUAUCAGUAAAGCAGCUUUCUGUAUUUUUAAUUUUGUUUUAAGAUUGCUUUCAUUCCUCAGGUCAUGUCUAUGCAUUUCCAGUUCAGGAUAUUUGGAUGACAGAUGAUAUUGUCUUUAAUUAAAAGCAUUAUUAGUAAAGAAUUUUGUCAGAUGGAAUGUAGAUGAUGAUGAAAACAGAAUCUAGAUCUUUACUGCAGGAAAAAAAUACUUUUCUUUAGUUUUGAGAACUGUACUAAUCCAAGUUGUAAACAUAUUUUUAUGAUUUUCCUCACUAUUUCCCAUGUGAAUUUUUGCCAAUCUUUGAAGAAAAGGCAAAGCUUCUUAUUUUGUACUCAUGAUGCUGAAAAUAUGAAUAAGGAAAUGUGUUAUUUUCUGUAAGCAACAUGUUUUCUAAAUGUUGUAUUUAAUUUAAAUUGCUUAUAGACUUAAACAUGAUUUGUUGUGGCAUAGGCAACAUUUUGGUUUUCAAUUUCAUGUUAAAAAACAAGUUUUUCUCAGUGUGCAGCCACCUUAGGACAUCAGAAAACAAGAAGACUGAAUUGCUUUAAUUGCAGUAUAGAACAUUGUGCUUUGUGUGAUUUAACUUUUUAAAAUAAAUUUCAUUAUGUAUGUUGAAAAUAUACAACAUGAUGUUAUGGGAUACACAUAGAGAGUAAAAAGGUUACGAUUGUGAGGCAAAUUAAUAUAUAUAUCAUCUAAAACACUUACUUUGUGUGGAAAAGCAGCUAACGUCUACUCAUUUAGCAUAAACACCAAAUAGAGUACAAUUUUGUUACCUAUAGUCUUCAUGUUGUACCUUAGUCAGAGGAUAUAAAAUAACAGAAACAGAAAGGAAGAAUGAACAUGUCUAGAGAUCUAAUGUACAAAAAUUGACUUUUCUAAAUAAAAAAUGUUAUAACUUUUAUUACUUAAAAAUUGUAUAAUUUGUAUGAAUACCAAAUGAUAUGUGAAAUUGAUAAUAUUAUCAAUAUAAUUGAAACCACCUGUGUGUACCACCCUGAUGCCAUUCCUCUGCUUCUCGCCAGAGAUAAACCCAAUGCUAAAUGUCUUUUCAAUCAUAGUUAAAAUAGUUUAACUACAUAUGUACUUUUUCUUAAAAGAUAUUGUUUAGAUUUUUAUAUUCCUUGCCUUUAUUAAAAUUAUAUUGCCCAUA